AUGGACAACAUCAAGGGCGUGGAUGGCUUGGCCGUCAAUACACUUCGCGCUUUAUCAGCUGACCUUUCUUAUCAUGCCAAGUCUGGUCACCCCGGAGCGCCUAUGGGCAUGGCUCCAAUGGCCCACGUCUUGUUUACAAAGUUUCUAAAACUCAACCCAGCUACUAACAAGGCCUGGCUGAACCGUGACCGGUUUGUGCUUUCAAACGGACAUGCAUGUGCUCUUCAAUACGUUCUGUUGCAUCUUUUGGAGUACGACAUCUCCAUUGAUGAUCUGAAGAACUUUCGGCAACUUGGCAGCAAGACUCCGGGCCACCCCGAGAGCCACGAAACACCGGGCAUCGAAGUGACUACAGGACCGCUAGGUCAAGGCUUUGCCGCGGCGAUAGGAUUAGCUAUUGCACAGUCGCAUAUGGCUGCUCUCUACAACAGGCCUGGAUUUGAUCUUUUCGAUAAUCGCACCUUUGUCUUCUUCGGCGAUGGUUGUGCAAUGGAGGGCGUCGCCUCAGAAGCCGCAUCUCUAGCAGGCCAUCUUCAAUUGGGCAAUCUCAUCGCCUUGUACGAUGACAACUCCAUUUGUAUAGAUGGUAGUACGGAAUCGACCUUUACCGAGGAUGUUGACAAACGCUUCGAGGCAUAUGGUUGGCACGUACAGCGCGUAACUGAUGGUGAUUCGGAUCUCGCCGCUAUAGCUGCUGCAGUCGAGAAUGCCCUAGCUGUCAAAGAUAAACCUUCGAUGAUCAGGGUGAAAACAACCAUUGGAUACGGAUCCAAAUUACAAGGCACAGCAAGCGUGCACGGAAACCCACUGAAAGUGGAAGACCUGGAGACCUUCAAGCAGAAAAUGAAGCUUAGCAACGAGCUAUUCUUCGUCCCCGCUGAAGUACAAAGCAUUUAUCGAGAAACAGCCAAAUCUGGAGCCGAAGCUGAAUCACGUUGGAAUGAUUUGUUUCUCCGAUAUGGGAAUGCGCAUCCUGAACUUCAUCUCGAGCUUCAGAGGCGGAUUGGUGGUGACCUUCCUGACUGCUGGGAAACACAGUUGCCCGUCUACACUCCAAAUGACAAGCCCGUUGCUACUCGAAAAACGUCAGAAUUUGUGCUUGACGCCAUAUACGCGCACAUUCCGGAGAUCCUGUCUGGCUCUGCUGAUCUCACGUCUUCCAAUCUGACUCGAUGGAAAACUGCUGUUGAUCUUCAAGCGCCCGUGACCGGCAUUGGUUCUUUUGAAGGACGAUACAUAAGAUGGGGAGAUAAGGGCGCUGCCAUGAACGGAAUUGCAGCGUAUGGUGCCAAUCUGAUUCCCAUCGCUGGGACAUUUCUCAACUUUGUAUCUUAUGCUGCACCCGCGUUGCGGCUUUCGGCACUCAGUCAGCUCCGCGUCAUCUGGAUUGCCACCCAUGACUCGAUUGGCCUCGGAGGCGACGGCCCUACGCACCAACCAAUCGAGACAUUGGCGCAUUUCCGCUCGGUGCCAAACCUGAAUGUUUGGCGCCCUGCUGAUGGGAAUGAGACGUCUGCCGCUUACUACACGGCAUUAAUGUCCAAAACUACCCCAAGCGUGCUCGCCCUUGCCCGCCAAGAUCUCCCGCAGCUCUCGGGAAGCUCUAGAGAGAAGGCGGCCCGUGGGGCCUAUGUACUACUGGAAGAUGAGAAAGCCGCCAUCACGUUGGUCUCGACAGGCUCAGAGGUCUCUUUGUGCUUGAAAGCGGCAGCCCUUUUGUCGAGCACGCAUGAUGUCAAGGCCAGAGUUGUCAGCAUGCCAUGCAUGGAAGUUUUCGACACGCAGCCUCUCAGCUAUAAGCUUUCCGUCCUGACCCAAGGAUUACCAAUUCUUUCGGUCGAAGCAUUGUCGACGAAUGUUUGGAGCAAAUUCUCACAUGAGCAAUUUGGUAUCAAUGAAUUUGGGUUAAGUGGAACCGCAGACGAUCUCUUCAAGGCAUUCGGGUUUACUGCAGAGGGCAUUUGCGAACGUGCGCUUCAGGUCAUUGACUUUUACCGUGACGUACCAGCGAUUCGGUCACCAGUUCUGACUGCAUGGAACCGUAAUAUUGCCCUUGACUAG